CUGCUCAACUUGAGCAACAGCAGUGAUUCGGAGGCUGCACCAGCAACUCGCUGCAUGGAUUCUUUGGGGUCGCGCUUUACUUGUAAGAUCCAGAAUGCUGAUAAGAGGAUGAAUCCUCCAGGUCAUCUGAGACAUCCACGUGUCUUUCUUGCUGUCCUUCCCCAACAGCCUUCUCUUUCCACUGGGGCACCAUCUGCCUCCUCACGCUCCCCCUGUUGCCCCUGUCUAAGUCCCUUCCCCCUCCCUCUGUCUCAGUAGUGACUGUCCCAUAAGAGGGGAAAGGCGAGCCAGCCCCAGUAAAUAUGCCUGGAUGGAGGUCACAGUGGCGUCUUGUCCUGCUGAACUCUCUGACCUGUGGCCUGGAGAUCUGUGUGGCAGCUGGGAUCACAUAUGUGCCCCCAUUGCUCCUGGAAGCUGGUGUGGAGGAGCGCUAUAUGACCAUGGUACUAGGUAUUGGUCCAGUGCUUGGUCUCCUGUUCAUCCCUCUGAUUGGCUCAGCCAGUGACCACUGCAACAGCAGUUAUGGACGACGGCGGCCUUUUAUCUGGCUGUUGUCUCUGGGAGUCCUUGUGGCACUUCUCAUUAUUCCUCACGCUGAUGUUCUCGCAGCACGUCUGGCCUGGGGUGGAUGUACCUUCCAGGUGGCCUUCCUUAUCUUUGGGGUGGGUCUACUUGACUUCUGUGGGCAAGUGUGUUUCACACCAUUGGAGGCCCUUUUAUCGGACCUUUACCGAGACGAAGAGGACUGUGGCCAGGCUUUUGCCAUGUUCUCCUUCAUGGUCAGCUUGGGAGGUUGUGUGGGCUAUUUGCUUCCUGCAUUGGACUGGAGUCACACUGUGCUCUCCAUUUACUUGGGAGGCCAGGCUGAGUGCCUGUUUUUCUUGCUCAUCCUCAUUUUUAUCUCUAGUGUGCUUAUCACCAUGAAGGUAUCUGAGGAACCUUCAUGUGCCAGCACUGGAAUAGUAAGCUCAGGAUCUCUACUGGAACAAGGAGCUGGAGCUAUGGAGGCCAGCCGGUGUGGAGCACCACGUUCUUGCUGCUACCUGCUGAACUGCAAGCUAAGGCUCCUGAAGUCUGGACCUUUACUGUGCUUGUUGAGAACAUGCUGGUCCAUGACCCCAACCAUUUACAGGAGUUACUGCCAUGUUCCCAGGGUGAUGAGGCAGCUCUGCGUGGCUCAACUCUGCAGCUGGAUGGCUGUCAUGUCUUUUAUGCUCUUCUACACUGACUUCGUGGGCGAGGGCCUGUACCAGGGUGUGCCCAGUGCGCUACCUGGCAGUGUGUCCAGGCAGAGAUAUGAUGAAGGCAUCCGUAUGGGCAGUCUGGGCCUGUUCCUGCAGUGUGCUACCUCAACUUUCUUCUCGCUGGUAAUGAGUCGCUUGGUUAAUCAUUUUGGCUCAAGGUCUGUUUACCUAAGCAGUAUGGUGAGCUUCACAGUGUCCGCAUUGGUCAUCUGCAUGUCUAAGAGUGUGGUUUUGGUCACUGUAAUGGCGGCCCUUACUGGCUAUGCAUAUGCCACACUGCAGACACUCCCCUACACGCUCACCUGCUACUACCACAAGGAGAAAGAGGUCUAUAUGCCAAGAAGAAAAACAAAAAGCAUACAUAUAAAUGGCAUUCCAACCAAACGGGAUGCUGUGUAUUUGACUUCUGUGGAAGAAGAAAGUGGACUGAACCACAAAAUGGGGGCCACCUACAGCCAUGCCUUGUUUAACCAGGAUGGUUUGGAGUAUUACCCCAUUCCACACAGCCAGAACGGUUCAUCUCACAGCUUCAGUGGCAAUGGGCAGGAAGAGACUGAAUAUGAGAAACGUGGUGUCGGUUUAGACUUUGCCAUUUUAGACAGCACCUUCCUGCUAUCUCAGGUUUUCCCCACCCUCUUCAUGGGCAUGAUUGUUCAGUUCGCACAGUCAGUCACUGCCUACAUCGCCUGCUCUGCCAUUUUUGGUGCUGUCGCUAUCUACUUGGCCAGUCAGAUUGUCUUUGACCAAAAGGACCUCAAAAGAUGACACUGAUCCAAAAGAUGUUGACUGAAUAAUUCAUAAAUACAUCAGUUGUUCUGGUUCACUGGCUGAAACUCAGCGAUGCACUACUGCGCCUAGAAUGCCUUGCUCAUGUUUUGCGUGUGCUCUUGUGUAUGUGUUGCAUUGAGGAAAUAAGAGUGAGUUGUUAAUAUAUGGC